AUGCAAACGACUGUGACAGAUUUGGUUUGCCAUGCCCCUACUCAUGACCCCACCCCUGUCCCUGGCAAUGACCAAUCCCCAAAAAUUCAGUGGAGUGAGCUUCUGUACGUGUCGGACGAAAUCGCCCACCUGCGCCAGGUGAGCCACUGUCUGGCCGACUACGAACGGGUGCUGAGUCGGCUGGAGUUGGAGAACGCCCAGCUGAGGAACAUGGAGUCGGACUUGCUAGAGAGGGCCGAGGUCAGUGAGAGAGGCCUCAGGUUGGCAAGGGAGAGCCGCCGCCACAAGGACCAGGAGAUCCACGACUUGAGAGAGGCCAACUGGGUCCUGGCUCUCACCACCGACAGGCUGAGAAAGGCCUGCCGGGAGAAGGAUAGGUGUCUGGUGGAUUGCCAGAACAAGCAGAGUAGGAAGCCUGGGAGAAUGCUACCGUUUGUGGAGGAAGGGGAGAGGAGGUCAUUGCUGGGCCAUGGAAAUAAGAGAGGUGAGGAAAGUGAGGAAUGUGCUAUGCAGCCUCCAAAAUCGGUGGAGGAGAAAGGCUCUCUGCAUGAGAAGGGGGUGGGUGAGAAGGUGAAGCUCUACAGCAACUCUAUAGCAGACUACAGUCUUUACCUACAUCUCAAAAGGAGCGGCGGGGAUCCGUGCUUUGAGAUGCAGCUUCCAUUGAGUUCAGAGGGGCCAGCUGUGGCUCAAGUGUGCCUUCUUCUAAGACAACUAGAGACCGACGUCUACAGUCCGGGUAAGACUGAUGCAAGCAGGAACCAAGCCAUCUGGAACUUUGGUGCCAGCCUGGAGAAAUUGCAUAAAACAUUGAAAGGAGGAGAGAUAGACGAUGAAGUGGAAUAUGUGAUUAAGGAUGAUCAGAAAGGCUCUCCAUGCACUAAAGACAGUAUGGAGGAAGAAGCAGAAGAACUCGAGGAGUCUGAAUUCAUUGAAGAGGACUUUGUUGAGGCUGUUUAAGUGGACGACAUCUGUGAAACACUGUGACUGCAGAAAUAACUGUUUUUGAAGACAUGCAGAGAAAUAUGUCUUUCUUGACUCAUUCUCCUUUGAACACCAUCUUACUUCACUUCCACUUUACAACACGGGAGUGUAUUAUAAAGGCAAG